GACGAGAGAGUCGGAGAAGUGAAGAAAGAAAUCGACAGCUUUCUCCUUUUCCCCGUUUCAAGUUUCAACCCCAUUCAUCAUUUCCCCUUUUCCUACCGCCAGUUCAGUCCAAGCUUCGAAAACCUAGAAAGAAAGUUGCUUCUCAAGCUAUGGAGCGGGAGAAAGAUGCUUUUUACGUUGUAAGGAAAGGCGACUUGGUCGGAAUCUACAAGAGCUUCCCUGACUGCCUAGCUCAAGCCGGUUAUUCUGUAAGCUUUUUGCUUCUCCCUUCAUAUACCCAAGUGCUCAUUGAAGAAAUUAUUGCUAAAGGUAAUUGCUGUGACUGACUGCAAGGAGAUGGGCUACUUGCGUUAGUUUGCGGCAUGUUCUUUUUGGUGAUUUCUGAUGUUGGAUUACUCACCUGUGGCAUGGGUUAUAUGCUUGGUUUCCGAUCCUUCAGUGAGUGUGUUCAAAGGGUAUGGUUUGCCCAGAGAUGCUGAGGAUUACCUUGCCUCACCUGGGCUUAGAAAUGCUGCCUACCUGUCAGUGCCACCGAUGUUCAGACCGAUCUCUUCGGGAAACUUGAGCCUUGCCGCAUUCUGGUAGCUUACAAUCUAUAAAAUAGAAAAGGCUUUCUAAUGGUUGUUGUUGGAAGUCUCUGUUAAACUGGAUACUAAGAGUCUAGGACUUCAACAUUUUCUUUGCAAAGUGCUUUACUGUUGUCCCAAUUCUGGUUAUAUGUGCUUAUUGCUGUUUUAAUGUCUGCAUUCGUUCAAUGUUUAUUUCUCUGGUCAAGAUUGUGAUGCUAGUUUUGCUGUGGUAACGAGUGUUAUUUUGUUUCCUUCUUGCAUGUAUUGGAAAGUGUCUUCGAUUGGCUUACACAUUGGUUAACCUGAUUUUACACAUGUAUUUGCUUCCAUCAGCCACCAGCGAUCAACAAGGAGGCUUAUUCAAAGAGAUCUCUCGAAGCACCGACUGUAAGUCCUUAACUAGUACAGUCAUAUAAUUUCUGGUAUUGAACAUAUCUCUACAUGAAAAAGAAAAUAGAAACUUUACACAAGUGGAAGUAUGCAAAAUAAUGGUUUGUAACCGUCACGUUUGAAUGGAGAUUUACAUUUAUUGUCAUUUAGGUUGUUGUUAACUACCUGAAGAGUCCUUUUGCUUGCUCUUUGCCUUUCAUGGUGCAGAUGUCUGGAUUGAUUACGAUCAAGGGAAACUCCACAAACAAAAAUCCGAAUUUACAGAACAGUGAGAGCAGUAGACCUGUACCAACAAACUCAGUGAGUUCCUCAGCGUAGUGCUUGUUCUAAAGAACAUCAGAAAUCACCAAAAAGACAGUUGUUCUGAAUUCUUUCUAGGUUCCUGGUCAAUCUUUUAAGUUAGCUGAAACGGUACUUUAUUAUGUGUUCGUAAGAUCUUCCUGAAUGUAAAAUGAUUGAAGGUGAGAGAUCUAUGCAUCGUAGAGGACUCAAACCCUAAACCUAAUUGUAAAUUAUCAUAGACAGUUGGUCUUUGCAGAAUACAUCAGUAUGCAACAUUGUUCUAAAGCUCUUUUCUUAGAAGUUAACAGUGUUGGGGGUUUUGAUGUCUCGGUUUCUUUGAAAAGUAUGCUACAUAUUAAUUUUGUCUGCUGUGUUACUCGUUUGAUUUGUGAGUUUUACUAGCAUAGAUGUUUCUAACAACAAAUGUCAAUUAUUAUGUUUAUCCCAGUCACCAGCGAUAAUUUAUUUUGAUGGUGCAUCAAAAGGAAAUCCAGGAUCAGUUGGUGCUGGAGCUGUUCUGUGUUCCCCUGAUGGAAAAUGGUGUGGCGGUUCUCUGAAAGCGUGGGGCUUGCGACGAAUAAUGUUGCUGAAUAUCGAGGCGUGCUUCUGGGAAUAAAGCAGGCCUUCAAAAAAGGGUUUAUAGACAGUGUCCAAGGGUAUUCUAAUCUUGUCUGUGUGCAGAUUCAGGGAAAAUGGAAGUUAAAAAACCCAAACAUAGUCGCAUUGGGUAAUGAGGCGAAAGAGCUCAAGAACAAGUUCCGUAGUUUUGAGAUCAGACAUACUCUGAGGGAAUUCAAUUCUGAAGCUGAUGCACUAGCACACCAGGCAGUUCAACUCAGGGAUUCGGGUGUUGACCUUUUGUGCAUAUGGGCAAGUGCACGAGUCUUUGAUCACCGAGUCGUUAGACACCAUCUGAGGUUGGCGUGAAGGGUCAACAUUUCAGAUUCAGUCCAGGAACAGGUGGGGAUAGAAUAUCAUAGAAACGACUUCAGUGCAGCCACUUGUAUAUACGUUUUUGCUGAGCUUUUGGGCUUGUUGUAACUAGAUACUAGAAUCAAUACCUACGGCUACGCCGCGGGGACUUAAGUUGAUGUAAUAUCAUCUUCUAAUGAGUACCGAGAAGGUUACUGUUAAGGUAAUUCUUUAUUGGUAUGCCUAAUAGUCAUGUAUCGGUGACUUGCAAUGAGAAGGUUACUGUUAAGGUAAUUCUUGAUUGGUAUACAGACUGAACCGAUUGUAAGUAGAAUGCAAGAGAUCAGGAACAGGAACUGGCAAGCUGAUCCCUCAACUGAGAAGCCUGACUUGUUCCAUUUCUUGCUUCCAUGUACCAUCCCAUACCCGCUGCAAAUAAUAAUAAUAAUAAUAACAACAACGUAUGAGAUAUAUGUCAGAUUUCCAUGCUCAAUCAUAACAAAUCAUGGUAAGUUAAUAGUAUCAAUCAGUAGCAGGAAGUUAAACGAAAAUAAUCAAGUCACUAUAAAAAUUUGAUAACAUU